ACAGCUAAUAGGUGGACUAAGAACUUUGAGACCCUAACCACAUUCAAUCUAUUCGGCAGAAGAAGCCUUAACUUGGAUUGGUUUUCCCAACCAUGUUUUAUUCACCCUUCAUUAUUGUUUACCUCUUUCUCUGCUUGGCAUCAAACUCAGUGUCCGAUGAUGAUACUUUAACGGUGUGUGCGCCACAUAGCGGUUGCUUCAGGGGCACUUACAUGACGGGCUAUCAAACGCAACAAUUUCAAGCCUUUUUGGGGAUUCCCUAUGCCAUACCACCUAUAGGAGAUCUGAGAUUUGAAAGACCUCGAAGAAUGGGAAAGCUUUUUGGAACAGAGGAUGCCAGUAAACCCAAACCAGAUUGCAUAAACAAAAAUUAUCUUUCAUCCCCACCAAAACUGUAUGGAGAAGAAGAUUGUCUCUAUUUAAAUGUCUACAGACCAAUGCCUUUGUCGAAAUCGCCUUUGCCUGUCAUGGUCUAUAUACAUGGAGGUGGUUUCAUUGGUGGAUCAGCUGGUCCUUCAGUCAGUGGGCCAGAGUAUUUCAUGGACUCACAAGCUGUAAUCUUGGUCACAGUGUCCUAUAGAGUGGGAGUUUUAGGUUUUCUUUCCACUGGUGAUAAGAACAUGCCUGGCAAUUUUGGUCUCAAAGAUCAGAACAUGGCUUUGAAGUGGGUCCAGGAUAAUAUCAACUACUACGGGGGCGAUCAACACAAAGUGACCUUAUUUGGUCAUGGUAUCGAUGGAAUUGCCACCCAUUUGCAUUUAAUGAGCAACAUGUCUGCGGGUCUUUUCCACAGAGUGAUUAGCAUGAGUGGCACGGCGAUUGCUCCAUCUGCCAUUAACCGAAACCCUCUGGAACAAGCCCGAAAAGUGGCAGAAUUUUGCAAUAUUCAAAAUGCAAACAAUAUGAGUGAAGCAGAACUUACAGACGCCCUUAAAUACGUUGAUCCAGACGUUUUGGUAAAUGCAGGAGAUGGCUUUAAAUAUUGGGAUGCAGAUCCUUUGCACAUCUAUCGUCCAGUCAUAGAAUCAACACACCAGGACGCCUUCUUAACGGCAGAGCCUGAACUGCUUAUGGAACAUGGAAAUUAUAUAAAAGUUCCUUGGCUCUUGGGAACCGUACCCAAUGACGGAGCUGUGCGUGUGGUUAAAAUUUACGAAAAUUUCGAAUUGCGUUAUAGAUUCAAUUUGCAAUUCCAUGAGUUACUAAAGAACUUAACUGAAUUUUCAGGUAGACAUACUACUUACUAUAAUCCAAAUGAAAAAAUAGCGAUCCUCAGAGAAGAAUACCUUAAUGAUACACGCAAAUUGGAUUCCCAAACUGUGGAUGGGGUAUUAUAUUGGAUGACGGACAGACAUUUCAAUUAUCCCCUCUAUAAAACUGUCAGAUAUUAUGUUCGAUCCGGAGAUGAUCCUAUCUAUAUAUACAACUUCAAUUAUAAGGGCCCUCAUAGUUAUGCCUCGAUUUAUGCUGAUGCAAAACUUUCAAGGAGUUAUGGAGUCGUUCAUGGCGAUGAUUUGCUCUAUUUAUUCCGUAGUCCCCGUUUCUUCCCCGAUUUUCCAAACCAUUCUACGGAAGCCAAGUUGAUUCAAUCGUUUGUUGAUUAUUUUGUUUUUUUUGCCAGAAACGGAAGACCCAACUUUCUUCCCCACAUGCGAAAUUGUACACGUGAUGUCUUUGCCGAAGGACGCGAUGGCUUUUGUGACUAUCAUGAAUAUGAUCAUCGUACAGGUGGUUUUGACGUGAGAGUUAGUAACCAAUUACCAAGUGAAAAACUCAAACUAUGGAUGUAUUUGUUGGAUGAAAUUCAUUUGUCAUUUGAAGUGAAGAUGAAGCGUUUAGCUUACUUGGGACUGAGACUUUGUCUAUUUUGGACCAUAGUCUCUACAGCAGAUCUCAAUGUGUGCCUCAAGGAUAUGGGUUGCUUAAAAGGAACACUUUUACGUGGCUAUGAGGAAUCAAAGGACUUUGAGGCAUUUAUGGGCAUACCUUUUGGGCAGCCGCCAAUUGGGGAUCUCAGACUUAAGAAUCCUCUGCCAGCUAUGCCCUGGCAGGGAAUAUUGGAUGCCAGUGUGGCAAGAGAUGGUUGCCUGCAGAGAAAUUAUUUUGUCCACGACUGGGAUGUACGUGGUGAAGAAGAUUGCCUGUAUCUGAAUGUCUAUAGGCCCAAGGCAGAGAAACGUGGCAGCGAAUCGUUACCCGUAAUGGUUUACAUACAUUCGGGAGGAUUUAUAAGUGGCACAGCUUAUCCCACAGUUAGUGGACCAGAGUAUCUAAUGGAUACCGAAGCGAUUAUUUUAGUUACCAUUAACUAUCGUCUAGGACCUUUUGGCUUCUUAAGCACUGGCGAUGAACAAAUGCCUGGAAAUUUUGGCUUAAAGGAUCAACGUUUGGCUCUGCAGUGGGUACAAAAACAUAUUUCCUCCUUUGGUGGAGAUUCCAAUUUGGUGACCAUCUUUGGUCAUAGUGCUGGCGGCAUUUCUACCCAUUAUCACCUGUUGAGUGAGAAUUCCAAGAAUCUUUUCCAGAAAGCCAUGUCCUUUAGUGGCACAGCUUUUGCUGCCUUCAUGAGGAUUCUAAAGGAUCCCCUUAAACAAGCACAAAAAUUAGCUGAGCAUCUUCAAAUAAAAGAUGCAAACAUUUUAACCACUCAGGAAUUGGCUAAGGCUCUGCGCCAAGUGGAUGCCUAUGCAUUGCUUUACAGUGGAGAUAUCCUUAAGACCUGGGACAAUCAGCCCAUUAUGAAUUAUCGACCAGUUAUAGAGAAGCCCUCGCCCGAAGCCUUUUUUACCGAAGAUCCCGUCGAAUCGCAUUUGGCAGGACGCAUUCAACAGAUUCCUUGGCUUUUGGGUAGCACUUCAAGAGCUGGCGAAGGCUCCAUAUUUCUUCUAAGGAUAUUGGAUAUACCCAAAUGGUUAAAAGAAUUCAAUGAUAACUUUGUGGAGCGUUUUGCUCUUGCCUUAAAUCUACCCGAAGGUACAUCUCCACAAGUGGUAACAGAAAUACUCAAUUUAUAUGACGUUCAAGUUCGAGAAUUCAACAAUGAGACACUCAUUCGUCUGGCCGAAAUAGUGGGUGACUUCAAUUUCCAUUACCCCCUCUAUGUGGCGGCUGCUUCAUAUGCUUCGUAUGCCAAUUUGGAUGACAAUCCCAUGUCUAUCUAUAGUUAUGAAUACCGUGGAGCGAAAGCCUUCUCCGUCUACUUUACCCAAGGCAUUGAGUAUGAAGUUGGUUCCGUACACAUGGAUGAUUGCCUGCACACACUCCGUACGCCAGUUUUGAUUCCGGACUUUCCCAGAGAUUCGGAAGAUGCUACAGUAAUGAAACGCAUGACAUCUCUGCUAGUGGAAUUUGCCAAGACUGGCAUAUUUGCCAAGGAAACAUCUUUAAAAUCAUGUCAGGCUAAUUCUUUUAACAUGGCUGAAAACCAAAUUUGCAACUAUUUUCGUUUUGGUGGUGUAAAUGGAGCUUACACUGAGAAUAUUGAUGAUCAUGUCGAUAUGAGAGCCAUGACAAUAUGGAAAAAGUUGUAUCUAUAAAGGGGUAAAUGGGUUAUAUGGGUAAGUGGGUUAGCUAGUUGAAUGAAUAAUUUAAGUUGACAAUAAAAUUAAGAUUUAAAUAAACUCGUUGAUAAGUAGCAUGCAAA